AAUCUGACGCGGAACACUUGAACUGUACGAUUGCCCGCUGGUUUCGGAAGCGGCUGAACUAUCAGAUUCUACCUUUUAUUUUAAGACCGUUUUAAUCUGAGGCUAGUGUUAUUGCUAAUUGUUGUCAUUUGCUUUCCGUAAUAAAUAUUUACUACUUAUUCGGAAUUUAGUGCAUUCGUUAUUAUCGUGAAAAAUGUCCAGUACUGCUUUAACUGCGAUUUCUGUGGCGGUAGGAGUAUUUUUCGUAUUCUUUGGGACGUUAAAGCUUGGUCCAUUAUUUUCCGAUGAGCUGUAUCGCAGUGUGAGAAAAAACUUCAUUAGGAUGUUCAAGACGUUUCCAUUUAGUUCGUUUACUGGGUGGAAUCCGAAUCCUCAUGUAAUUAGACGAGUUUAUGGAACGACUGAAGUUGUCGGUGGUAUUGUACUUGCAGCUUGUUCUGGGAUUGCACAGGAUGUCAGCAAUGUUAUACUACUUAGUCUUAUGCUAUUCCAUCUAUUUAGUAUAUGGCGCGUAGCAGAUGGACUAAAAGAAGCUUCUAAUCUCAUUGUUUUAUGUUUGAUGCUAACAUGCAGGUUUAUUAUACGGAUUCAACUUAUUCAAAAGAAUGAAGAGGUGACGGAAAAUAAUGAAUAUAUUAAGAAUGAUAUAAGAAGACGAAUUGUUCUCCUACAGGAGGAAUUACAGAAAAUGAACACUUUUAAUAAUAAUAAUAAUAAUAAUAAUAAUAAUAAUAAUAAUGAUAAUAAUAAUAAUAAUAAUAAUAAUAAUAAUAAUAGCAACAACACCAAUAAAACAGAAAACGACACACACAAAUUAGAAUGAAGUUUAUAUAUUCCAGUUGAAUAAAUCAUGACUUUUUCGUAUUGUAAAGGAUAAUGUCAAUGCAUUUAUUUUGUUGUCCUUUCAUCAAUGUCUUAUUUGUAAUUUAAUUUAAUGCUUCGAUUGUUUUUCUAUGUUAGCCAUAUAUAUAAUCUGAAUAAACUUACGUUUUGCAAUAAGUUGAAUACGUAAUCUGUCAAACAAACAUGCGAACUUUUGUAUAAACUUCAUUUUACGGAAAUUCAUGGUACAUCCGUCUUACUCCUCUUCCCUAUUUGUAACAAUACAGCUGCCCCAUCUCCGUUUCCGUUAUUAGAAAUAUUUCUUGAACUCAAAAAGAUGAGACUGGCUUCGUCUUCUAGAAUUAUUGUAGAAUUAUAUGCACAAAUGGUCCACCUAGAUUUAGUUUACUACUAAUCUUACACACAGUUAGUCGACUGCUGUCAAACAAAAAACUCCACAUGUUUAAUGUUUCGAAAAACAAAGCUGACCAUUCACCCUGGCCGUGGACCAUCCAUUACUGAAACUUGAACCAUUUAAAAUGAGCUGCUACCUGCAAUUCGUUAAGUCUACACUACCAACAUGUAAUAAAUUUUCCGACUUCUUAUAAAAUAUCACCAAACGCCGCG